UGACAGUUGUACCCUUAGUCGAUCUGUGGUGCGGCCGCGGCGUCUGCGCAGUCGGCUGCGGGAAAUCGCGAUACACGCACACGAUCUGCGCAUGCGAAUAUUUCGUGCUAUUGUGAAUUUGGGAUUUUUUUCUUCUCUAGUAAUAUAUUUGAUUAAUUAGAAAAAGACAAGAUGGCGAAUUUAAUAGUAAAUUCGACGCAGAGCGUUUUAAAGGACACAUAUGACUAUUACUUAUGGACGUUAUCAUUGUCAGAUAGCAGAACCAAAGGAUGGCCGCUAGUCGAUUCACCAGCACCGACAGUGUUCUACACAUUAACAUAUUUAUUUAUUGUGUGGAUAGGACCAAAGUUAAUGAGGAACCGGCAACCAUUCAAACUGACCUGGUUAUUGGUCCCAUACAAUUUAGCCAUGGCAUUACUAAAUGCGUAUAUAGCAAUCAGACUACUGACUGCUUCAUUUAGACUCAGAUAUAGUUAUAUUUGUGAGCCUUGCAGGCAAAGAUAUCAUCCGGAUGAAUUACAAAUAGCAGACGCUGUUUGGUGGUACUAUUUUUCCAAACUGCUAGAAUUCUGUGACACUUUCUUCUUCAUUCUGAGAAAAAAAGAUGAACAACUAACAUUCCUACACGUGUACCAUCACUCCACCAUGUUCUCCUUCUGGUGGAUCGGGAUCAAAUGGGUGCCGAGUGGAUCGACUUUCUUGCCGGCCAUGGUGAAUAGCAGCAUCCACGUGCUAAUGUACACAUACUACGGACUGUCAGUCUUGGGGCCGUCAGUCAGCAAGUUCCUCUGGUGGAAGAAAUACCUUACAAUUUUGCAACUGAUUCAGUUCACAUGUGCCCUAAUUCUUGGAAUCAACGGCGUAAGAACCGGCUGCGAGUUCCCAUUAUGGAUGCACUACGUACUUAUUCUUUACAUGAUUUCCUUCAUCGUUCUCUUCGGAAAUUUCUACAUGAAAGCUUAUCUUGCAAAGGGCAGCAAAUGUAUGGAAGUGAGAUAUGGACAAUGCCUCGACGAUGAGGCAACCAUCGCCAAAAGGAAACUGAAAAACAAUUAAACCUCUUAAUUUAUAAGUUUAUUUAUUGUCCAAUAUAAUAAGGAGUAAUUUAAAUGUAUUGAUAAGAGAAAAUUAAAUUAAUAAUUAAUUAAUUUAAUAUUAUUUAACAUUAAUUAAUUAUUAAUUAUUUCUAAAGAAAUGUUGAGGAGAUAAUAAAUUUGUUAUUACUUGUUUUA